CAACAACUUCAAACGCCGGCCGUGCCGGAAACUACCUAAGACCUAAGUCGAUGUGUGUGUAUAUAUAAUAAGACCGAUGAUUGAUUAUGGAUCACAAAUCACGAUCGAGUGGCAUUCAUUUCUCCCAUUAUUGUCCUAAUUCUCUUAAUCCUUUCAUCUCAGUGACAAUGUCUGACGCCGCCGUUGCAUUCGAAGACAGCCUCGGACUCUUCACAGUUUACAAAGACGGCUCGGUCCGGCGCGCCUCUCCGGGCAGCCUUUUCAACGUCCCGGUCAUCGACGACGACGGCGGCUCCGUCCAGUGGAAAGACUACACCUUUGACCCUCAACACAACCUUUCCCUCCGCCUCUACAAACCCACUUCCCCUAACAACAACAAUUUAAACAAGCUCCCCGUCAUUUACAACUUCCACGGCGGCGGCUUCUGCAUCGGCUCCAGAGCCGACCCCAUCAGCCACAACUGCUGCUACCGGCUCGCGUCCCGGCUCCAAGCCGUGGUGGUCUCGCCCGACUACCGGCUGGCUCCCGAGAGCCGGCUCCCCGCAGCGGUCGAGGACGGCUACGCGGCUCUGAAAUGGCUCCAGGAUCAAGCCGAGGGACGUGGGGAUGGGUGGUUGGGUGACGUGGCGGAUUAUGGCAAUGUGUUUGUUUGUGGGGAAUCGGCGGGAGGGAACAUUGCUCAUAAUUUGGCGGUGAGGCUUGGAGCCGGGGCGCCGGAGCUGGCGCCGGUUAAGGUUAAGGGGUAUGUGCUGUUGGCGCCGUUUUUUGGAGGGACGGUGAGGACCAGAUCGGAAGCCGAGGCUCCCAAAGAUUUUAUGCUCAACCUUGAACUCGUUGACUGGUUAUGGAAAUGCUCGAUUCCGGUGGGAGACACGUGCGACCAUCCUUUGGUGAACCCAUUUGGAGCGAGGAGCAAAGCCGUGGAAGCGGCGGAGAUGGAUCCGAUUCUUGUGGUUUCCGGCGGGAGUGAUAUUCUCGUUGAUCGUAUCAGAGACUACGUCGAGAAGUUGAAGAAUUUGGUAAAGUCGGUUGAAUAUGCUGAAUUUGAAGGACAACCACAUGGGUUCUUCAGCAUUAAUCCAGACUCGGAAGCAGCAGAGUCGGUGAUGAAUCUAAUUAGCAAAUUUGUCGUUAAAAAUUCAAUCUAAUUAAGUUUCUCAUUUUUAUUUUCUCCGGUUUCUUGUGUUUUCUGUUCUCUCGAGGCUGUGUUAUGUAACUGUUUUCUAUUAAGUACUAUUAGAACUUUGCACACCGAACUUGUUAUUUUUCAUUUAUAUAUAUAUAUUAUAAAAUGUGCACGGUACCUCCAAAGCCACUUGACAAACCAUUAAUAGAGGUUUUGAAAUCUG